UUAAAGCUAAAGUAGGGACCCAAAAAGUUAAUUGCCGUCUUAAUCCAGGAUUUCUCGGGCCCUCUAUGUGCACUGAUAAACUCCUCAAGAAAAUAGGUGGUAAAAUUAGCAGAAAGUUAACUCCUGAAGAAAAAGAUAGCAAAUUCAUCAGAGAAGAAGCCACAGCUCCACUUGGAUUGGCCGUAAUCCCACUUACAUUUACAUCUAAUAUAAAAGAUAAUAUCUGUCUUAAUAAUAAAAAAUCUAUCACGAUUCCAACCGAAGUACUGGUUGAUAGAUAUAAUUCUACAUUACCUAAUUAUAUAUUGCUUGGUAAUAAUUGGUUCUAUAGACGCAAAUAUGAUGAUGAUGAGCUCCAGACUUAUAUACCAGAAAUAGUGACUGAUGCAGAAGAUGCCUGG